CGACCCUUUACAGCAUGACUGAACCUAACAAUCUAUAUCAUAAUACUAUAAGGCGGCUCGCUAAAGUGCCAUUUGGGGGUCGUGUUUCGUCUCGAAAUUUUGCACGUUUGCAGGUGAUAUGUUAUCCUGAUGCAACGUCAUGUUUAUUUUCGGAAAUUUACUUCAGCGGAGCAGUAAUGAGGGAUUUUUAAUCGGACACAGUCAAUUCUCCUUACCACUCGCGGAAGCCAAGUCAUUGCUGUUUAGUUAUGCAGGGGAUUAAUGAAUCACCUGCACUCCCUGUGGGGUGACUAACACUACCUGUUGAACGGCUGGCUGUAGGGGGGUGAUUGGAACAGCCUGUACACGCGUUGACCUGCUGAACCAAGGUUAAUGUUAUUUUCAAUCCACGAUUGUAGGUCACCUGAUCUUCGAGAUUUCGCGGGGAAAGAAAUUGUAAACAAACGUAUGUGUGCAGUUCAAAUGUAAACAAAAAUGUAUUUUUGGUACUUUCGGUUGCUGGACUUGGGUUUUCCCGCAGUAAGGAGCUGGGGUCAAAUUGGUGGUCUAUUGUUUAUGGGUGCUGUGUUAGCCAGAGCUAACCCGUGAUAAUGAAGGUUACCAUGGUAUGUUUAUGUGCUCACCACAGCUCUCAAUACUUGAUCUGAAGAGGCGCGCUGAACCUGAAAUGGCCUUAUCAGGGAGCUGCUCACGGUGCUGAACUUCUAGCUUGCCUGUCCACAGUUCGCAUUCGACAUGUGGAAUAGGCUUGUUCAGACCAUGCUGAUUGAAAGAAUGUAUGGCAUAGAUAGAAUAGCAAGAAAUUUCAGCAGACCAGAAAGUGGCAUAUUUGGAGCAAUUAUCUCGUACCUUCUUAAGAAAGCCAACCUGCCUAGUGAAAGAAAUGCUGUCAAACAUCUUGACGUCCGGCCCAAUCAUACUGUCCUUGAAAUCGGCUUUGGACUCGGUUACGGAAUCCAGCAUGUCCUCGAUAUCAUUAAAGAAGGAGACGGUUCUGUUCAUGGCCUGGACAUCUCUGACGAAAUGGUCAGAAGAACGGCGAGACGCUUCCAAAAGGAAAUCAAGGACAAAAAGGUCAACAUCUGCAUUGGAGACGUGGCAUCCAUGCCUUAUGAAGACAACACAUUUGACAGAGUAUUCCAUACAAAUUCUUGCUUCUACUGGCCAGAUAUGGAUGAAGCAGCCAAGGAGAUCUACAGGGUGAUGAGAAAAGACAGCGUCAUGGUUACAAUAGUGAUGCCUGAUGAGCUAAAUAUGGCAGUGAAAAAAGGAGCGCUGAAAUAUGGAGACCCAGAUCAAACACGCUAUAUUGACGCCCUGAGGAAAAAUAACUUUGUUGAUGUUCAAGUACAGGAUUUUUAUGACGCAGAGGAUUGCCUGUACCCAUGGUACCAGGCGACGUUUGCCUAUGCGAAGAAGAAAUGAAACUUUCUUUAUUAUAUCAUGUUUAGGCAACGCCAAUUUAAUAUUUUGGAUAGCGGCCUGAAAGAACCUAUCCGCUGAAUGUGGGGAAACUAACUUCACACCACCCACCAGCCAGUGCCAAAAGUCACGUGUUGAUACUAACACAAAUUUUAUAGAGAAAAACUCUUGUCUGGUUUGAAUUUCAAUGAUAUAGAAAACGUAAGUUUUACCCCAUAUCACCAACAAGUUGGUGUUGGUGUUUUUAGGUAUUUUAAUUGGCCGCAGCAAUGGGGAAUAGAACUGUGAUGGGCACAUAUUUAAUUAUUAUAUAAAAGCCCUACUCAUAAUUCAUAAGCCCCAGCCCCUCAUUUAUUCCAGGCUUUAGCUAAUUAUAUGUAAAAGAUGUCGAAGCUGAAUAAAAGUAAGAUAGAAAUAGCAUUAACAUCCUUUAUGUAUAUGGGCCACUCUGUGUGCAAGUCCAGUGUAAAGGCCUCUGUAUCGACUGGAGGCCAACAAUAUCCAAAUACAGUUUUUUAUGACCUAUAUAUUUUUUAGCGAUUUUUAAACAUUUUGAUUCUAGAACAGACCACCUGGUAAUAUUGAUCCAACCACUUAAUGCUCUGCCGCUUCUUUUAUGCCUGUGAGUGUUAGGUGAGUAACCUUAACGUACUUAAACAAAUUCCGUAUGGUCUUAUCUACCCAUUCAAAUACAGUAGAAUCUCCUUUGGUCAUUGAAGACCAAGUCACACCGGUCUGCAGGGAUGAAAACUAAGUUGGCGGAGAAGGACGAAAGUCAUGUCAACAGCCGACUGUAGUUCCGUAGUCAAUGAAGUGAUAAAAUACUAUAACAAAAGAGUAUCACUGGUAUAUUGCGUAACCCUGGAUGCAAGCAAUGCUUUUGAUUGUGUGCACUUUGUGAAGCUAUUUCGAAAGCUGCUUUGUAGAGGAAUAUGUCCAUUAAUAGCACGGUUUUUAGCAUACACGUAUACAAAUCAACAGAUUAGCCUAAAGUGGGCAGAUAAUGUAUCAACUCCGUUCACCGCCACAAAUGGGGUUAAGC